AUGGUUCAAACCAGAGGACGUCAGUGUCGUGGCAGGAGUGCUGCUAACGGCAGGUCUCUGGCUGGGACGGAGCCUCUGAAGCCAACACAGGGGAAGCGUUCAGGUCCGCGGCAGGCUGUACUGAGUGACGAGGCCAGCGCAGAAAAACCUCAGGAGGAGCUGGACGCCUCUGAACCAGAACGGGACUGGGGCUGCAGCCGUGUGAAACCUACAGCCCAGCCGCAGAGCGAGAAAGAACUGAGCUCCGCGGGUGAAGGUGACGUAGUGAGCCCCCCAAAUCUCGGGGCUGAUGCCGAUAAAAGCACUGGAGAGGGGUGCAGCGCCCCAGCAGAGAGCGAGGAUUGGCAGAACGACAGCAGCGGAUCCUCUGUGUGGGACGGCGCUAUGCUGGAGGCAGAUUCCCCUGAAGCCUGUCUGGAAAUUCCACUUGAGGACAUAAAGGAGCUUCCUCGAACUCGGUCCGGUCUCCAGUCCUACAGAAAUCACUUGAUCAUGGAGUUGCUGUGGUUGCAACAAGCUAUUGUCAGCCGUAAAAACUACUUGAUGCUGAAACAGAGGCUGGGGAGUCCUGACCCGUAGGAUGGCAUAAACGUGGGGCACUUGUAUCGGUGUGGAGAAGCAGCGGAGCUGCAGCACCGCAGUCGUGACAUGACCUCACGGACAGCAGCAGCUUAGGGGAACUCCAGCUCUGCGGGUUGAUGUUUUCCACUUCAGAUGAAUGUGGCAAGAAAGCCUUUUGCUUCUUUCAAACGUGAAUAUUUGGUCAAAGCAGGGAUUAAAUGUCACUGUGAAUCCAGGGGGGUUGCUGUGUGUCCUGGAGGGAGUGCCAGUGAGGCCUCCUUCCACAAGAACCCUGUUUCUGUUGGCUGAGCUGGACGGUCCUAGGGGAAGAUCGAGGCUGGGAAGACUGUCACUUACAGAAGGCGCUUUCUGACCAGCUGAUUGCUUGUGGUGGAACUAAAAUGCCUGAAGGCAGCAGGUGCUUUGAACCUGCAGGAACAAGCUCUUCUCCGCUGAACUGCGCAUGACCCGUAUCGGUAUCUGAGCUGUGUAUUUGGGAUGGCUCUGCACAUCACAGCCCUGCAAUAUCUGGGAUCUCCAAGCGCUCGUGGUAGGCUGUGGGGAACACCUAGUCGAAGUACUAAGUUAGGAGGGGAGUUUCCUAACUUUCCUGUGCAGUUGGUGGGGAGCGAUGGCACAUCAAACCUGACCUUCAGGAGGUGAGGCUUGGUUCCCGAUUUGCACGUCUCUGGCCGUGGUCAUGUCUCUCUGGGUGGCAGAGUCACCUGGACUGGUGCUUGAGGGAGCAAGUAAGGCCUUAUGGGGUUUGGUGCUUUGUCUAUAUGCUGCUCUAGUUCAGGGGCAUUCAAGGUCCCUCAGAAAGGGACUUUCCACAUGGUGCUGUGAUUCCCUGCUGUGCCCCCCAAGUCUUCUGUGUAAACACUCUGC